CCGUGUCUCUCUCUAUCUCUCUCUGGGAUGGAGGCUGUGCUCGGGGCCGUGGCUCUGCUCUCCGCUCUCGCACUGACCGCCGCCUCCGCCGUCCCGCUGGAGCCCAGGGACCCCCUCGGCGGGGCUGCAGGUUAUUUCUGGCAUAUUACUGAUUUGCAUUUGGAUCCUACCUACCACUUGUCAGAUGAUCCCACAAAGGUUUGCAAUUCAUCAAGAGGUUUUCCAGCAAAACAUGCUGGACCUUAUGGUGCCUAUAGGUGUGAUUCACCAUACCGUCUUAUACAGUCUGCUUUUCAGUACAUGAAAGAUGUAUUUAAAGCUGGACACCAACCUUCCUUUAUGAUAUGGACAGGAGACAGUCCUCCUCAUGUAGCAGUUGCAAAGCUCUCUGCAAAGAUCGUGAUAAACAUCAUGCACAAUAUGACUGAAACUGUCAAGGAGAACUUCAAAGAUCUACAGGUUUUCCCGGCAAUGGGUAACCAUGACUACUGGCCACAAGACCAGCUUCCUGUUGUUGCAAGUGAGAUUUACAAUGCAGCAGCUGAUAUGUGGAAACAUUGGUUAACAGAAGAUGCCCUUAGCACUUUCCGGAAAGGUGGUUUCUAUACCCAGGUCUUUAACUGCAAAAUUACUAAACAGACUCUGCGGAUAAUUAGCUUAAACACAAACUUGUACUACAGUCCCAAUAAAAUUACCAAGAAAAUGCAAGACCCUGCAGGGCAAUACGAGUGGCUUGAAGAUACACUGAAGAAAGCUCAGGCAAACAAAGACAAGGUUUACCUCAUAGCCCAUGUUCCUCCAGGGUACUUGCCAGACUCGCUCAGAACUACUUCGAUAAGAGUGAAAGACAAUGAAAAGUUGGUGACAAUACUGCGUAAAUACAGUGGUGUAAUUGUUGGCCAGUUCUUUGGUCACACUCACCGGGAUAGCAUGAUGGUGCUUCUGGAUGAGCAAGGAAAUCCUGUCAAUUCUUUAUUUGUGGCACCAGCUGUAACUCCAAUGAAGGGAUUUCUGGACCUUGUAACAAACAACCCAGGCAUUCGCUUAUUUAAAUAUAGCACAAAUGACUACAGCUUACUGGAUUUCUGGCAGUAUUACCUGAACCUUACAGAAGCUAAUGAGGAGAAGAAACCUGACUGGAAGCUGGAAUAUUCCAUGACCAAAGCCUAUGGCAUAAAAGACCUAAACCCACAGAGUUUGUAUAACUUGACAAAUCAGUUUCUAAAGCUGCACAAUAAGGAGUUCCAGAAGUACUGUUACUAUUACAUAGUCAGUUAUAUCAACAUAGUCUGUGUUGGCCAUUGUAAAAUGAAACAGAUAUGUGCUACAAGAUAUUUAGACCAAGCCUCAUACUCAAAAUGUAUUCAAGAAUGGUGAAGUAGUUCGACUAAUCUGUUUGCAUUGAACCUUGUCUGUGAAUUAAGAUUGAUUUCUCAUUUCUGUUUGUAAUUUGUUAACAUAAAAAUGCUUUUAAUUUUUCUUUGCCCCCUGAUUUGAAUUAAUAUUAUUUUUAUCCAGCUUUAUCUUCUCUGUAGGCGAAAUACUGCAGAUGCUGGAAAUCUGAAAUAAAAACAGAAG